UGACCUUAUUAUUUGAUCCACCAACAAACAUCAUCAUCAUCUUUGAGAUUUCAACGCUGUGUUGUGUGUGUGAUUGUGAUCGCCAUUCAAAUAUCGGAUCCGAUAUUUGGGUCAAGACUGAAGGGCAAUUGAUUCGGAGGAUCCACCGAAAGAGGAGGAAUUGAGUAGGACAUGGAAGGAGAUGUUGGAUUGGAUCUUUGAAGCUUCCACCCUCCCUCCUCAGACUCUCUAAUCUCAUCCCACAUUCUCAUUAAACAUGGAUCUUUGAAGCUUAGCUCAGAUCAUCGUCGUCUUCUUCAAUUUCGAUCCGAACCCAAAACUUGAAUUCUCAACUGACUAACCACAAAUCAUCAAGAACAGAGAAGUCAAAAUAGAAACAAAAGGAUCAUAACCAUCAUACAUAUUCAUCUUCGAGUCGGAGAAUAAAGUUAGAGAAACUUUUUAAGCUUUUGGUCGUCCUGAUGAGCAACAAGCAGCCAGUGAAGCUAGACGACGAGCAAAUCGCGGACCUGCGUGAAAUAUUCCGGUCGUUUGAUCGAAACAACGACGGAAGCCUAACACAGCUGGAGCUGGGGUCGCUUCUGCGCUCACUGGGGCUGAAGCCAGGGCCUGAUCAGCUGGAUACCUUGAUCCAGAAGGCGGACACCAACAGCAAUGGCCUAGUGGAGUUUUCGGAGUUUGUAGCUCUCGUAGCCCCUGAGCUUUUGUCGGCCAAGUCUCCUUACACGGAGGACCAGCUGAGGCAGCUGUUUCGGAUGUUUGACCGGGACGGCAACGGAUUCAUCACAGCUGCCGAGCUGGCUCACUCCAUGGCUAAACUUGGACAUGCUCUUACGGCUGAGGAGUUGACUGGGAUGAUCAGGGAGGCUGAUACUGAUGGGGAUGGCAGGAUCGAUUUCCAGGAGUUUGCUCAUGCCAUUACUUCUGCUGCUUUUGAUAAUUCUUGGUCUUAGACAAUCCCCAGCUAGUUAAUUCAUUUCGGAAAUUCCAUCCAUCCAUCGGUUUUCUUUGUUUUCAGGUUAGACAAUUUUCCUAGAAUGACCCACCAGCAGAGUCUUCUGUUCCAGCAUGAUGCUCAUAGUGCUUCAAGUAUUUAAUUAUUCAUGUUCUUCUUUUCUCUCCUGAUGAUAAAAGUGGCAUUUGUUUUUUUUGGCAAUCUGAAUUAAUUCCUAGGUUCUGAACUUUUUCUUUUGUUGGAUUUCAUGGCCGUUUUGGGAACAUUGCUUUUAUUAUAUAGGUGGGUUGUGUUAAUCUACGUGUUAUAAUACAGGUGGUGAUAUAAUUCAUAUCUCAUGGACUUGAAGUAUGACAUUAAUAAAUAGAUACAUAUGUUAUAA